GGCUAGCCACACCCCUGCAGUGGCAAACAAAAAUAAACCGUAGUUCUUUGGCCCGGCUACUCUAGAAAUUAACUAGUUUCCAUGCAAUAUAGCUAGCCAUGUCUCUUGGAAACCCUGAACAAAUGCUGGUGGUGACUGCUUCUGACGAUGAAGUGUCUAAGCUACAGGAUCAGCUCUACCAAGCACUCUUUAGAGAAGCUGAGGCCCAUAAGAAGAUAAGACACCUCCAUGAGCAGCUGAUGGAUACCCGCCGCUGCAGCUCCAGUAGAAGCCCAAAUGGGCUACGCAUUGGAAUGGAGACUCCAGAUUUACCCUGGGCAGAUACAGACCUCAGUCAGAACUCUGAGGUAAGUCCGCAGUCUCCCACCCCUGCCCUCAUUGUCAGCAUGACUCCACCUCAAAGGAAUGUCUCCCGUUUGCGAUCAAUUUCCCAACCUUGCAGUCCAAAGGUAACAGGCCUAGGAGGAUUGGUGAACCUCAAGUCCCUCAGUGAAGAGUCACAUUCCAACGAGCAAGUUCAUCCUAAGGAAAUGAAUGGCACUGUUCAUCAUAACAUGGCUGGAGUGUGGAGUCCGACCAAUGAGUCUCUUCAUGUAUUUACUAAUGAACACUUGGCCCCAUUGUCACGGCAACUCUCAGAUGUCAUAACGGAAAGAGAGAAACCACCCCCCAGCCCGGCAUCACAGAGACGGAGUUGCUCCCUCCAUAAUAUUGCUAAGAAUACCUUAGCUCCAAUACAGUUAGUCAAGAGACAGACUAGUCCGGAGCCCGUUGCUGUGAGUCCUCCUGAGUCUGUCAAGUCUCUUGAUAAUGAGCCACUCAAAUUCGGAAGAACGUCUCCACCCACCAAGAAACCUCUUACAGUAACAAACUCCCUGGGCAGAGACACUACGGCUCCUAAAAAGAAAUCAAGCCAAAGGGGUCGCUCUAAUUCCAUGAUCUCAACUUUCUUCCGGCGUAAACGAGCCACUCUUUCAGAAACACACAUUUCAAGGGAAGAGCAACAUAAGACAUUCUCCAUAGAGCAGAUCUUCCAGACCUUCUCUCAAAUACCUAUCACCAAUCAACGUGAUUCUCUUGCCAAGUAUAUUGAUCGUCCAUGGACGGACGUGUGUUUGAGCGGGGAGAGUAGUCAGGAGGACAUUCAGUACCACAAUACUGUCUGGGACAUGUUCCAGCAGGAGAUUAAGUACCUCACAAACCUCUUGCAACCAUUAGAACUGGUGUACAAAGGUUUUCUGGAUGAACUUCACUUUCAUGGAAUUUUGAAGAUUGCCGAUGUUGACAAAAUAUUUGCGAACUUGAGUGGAUUGUGCGAGCUGAGCUCCAGCAUUGCUGAACAACUGUUCCAAAUGUUUAAUGGACGCUCGGGCAACAAGAUUGCUCCCAAUGGAGAGCUUAUACGAGCAUUUAGCAUGUUUGGACACAAAAUCAACCCAGUGUACCAGCGGUUUUGCGUCAACUUUGAGAAGCAGCGAGGAUUUGUGAGAGCCCUGCAGCAACUUCCAGAGUUUCAGGAGUAUCUGCUACUGUGCAGGACCCAUGAGCUGGUGCAGAAGAAAGACCUUUCCGACCUACUAAUAGCCCCUAUGCAGCAUCAGUGCCACUAUCAGCUUCUGUUGGAGAAAGUGCUCAAGUACACUAAGGAUCCAGCUGAAAAGGCUAUGCUUGGCUCUGCCAUAAAAGCAUUCGUUGUGUCUUUGAAGGAACUUGAAGGCAAUAUUGAUGAGAGCAAGAGGUCUGCUGAGUUAUUGGAGCUGCAGGAAACUCUUUCAUGGCCCUCAGUCACACUGCAGGACAUGGAUGCUUACAUUCCAGAGGAGAUACAAGGUUUACUGUCUUCUCAACAAAGUGGUGAACAAUUGGUGACCAAAGAUCGUCAGUUGGUGUACAAAGGGAUUCUGCGGUUGCUGGAUAGUAAGGCCAAGCCAUGCCAUGAACUUCAUGUUUUCCUUUUCACUGACUUUUUACUUUUCACUGAACUCAAGUCCAGCAAGAAGGAAAGCAACCAGCUGAUUCGUUACCACGUCUACGGCCACCCACUCUUUCUGGAGAGUAUCGAACUCCACGAUGUCACUUACAAUGCCACACACAAGCACAUUGUCACUAUAGUAGAAAAAACUGCACUACAGCAAAAAAUCAAAGUGUAUUCACUUCAAGCAGCUGGUAAAGAUGACAAGAAUAAAUGGCUAACGCAAAUUUUCCAUGCACAAGACUUGCUAUGGCACCGGCAGAACGAUCACUAUAUAGAGUCAGAUGUUUAAUAAACCUCCCCUUUCCACUUUAUAUAUGGAUUAUUUUCACUUUUCUGAUGUUUUAUACAAUCAUGUUUGUUUUACUGUUUAUUUAAGCCGUGUUAUACAGUGAAUAGUAUAUAUCUUACAUCCAAG